AUGAAACUCCGGUCUGGCCCGGCCUCGGAGCUGCGUGUUAUUCUUUAUUUCCAACGGCGUGGUUUUCGUACUCGCAAAGCAACUGGUCUUCUGGGCCGUAACACUGACGAGCCGGUAUUUUCCUUUUACAUUGUCAACCCACAUUUGGAGCCGCGCGACUGGCUUGGCUUGAUCUUUCCAAGAUGGUUCGGCGCUCCGAAAAAACCUUCGAUGCUGGACAAGCACAAGGAUCUUCUCGCCGCCUACGACAGUGAAAUCAAGAAACUGCAACCGGAACAGCAAAAAUUCUUCAUGGAUGGCUAUGUGAAAAGUCUCCUCUUGAAUCACAAGGCUUCGGAAGCUGAUUCCAAAGAACCGCCGCGCACUUAUUCCAAGUCCUUCUUCGGCUCCUAUGCGGCUUUCUGCACGGUUCUUUGCUCAAUAUGGAUUGGAUCAAACAUCUACUCGCUUUUCUUCAGUGACGGGAAAGGCGGCAAAUCCUCAACGCUUUCCGUCCUUUUUCAAGCAACGCCACAAGAAUUGAAGCCGGAAGAUAGCCAGAUUACCUUUGACGACGUGAAAGGGAUGGACGAAGCAAAGGCGGAGGUCCAAGAAAUUGUUUCGUAUCUACAAGAUCCAGAUCGUUACUCACGGCUUGGCGGACGCUUGCCAAAGGGGGUUCUGUUGGUGGGUCCGCCCGGGACUGGCAAGACGCUGCUCGCUCGUGCGAUAGCUGGUGAAGCACACGUUCCGUUCUUCCACACAUCCGGCUCAGAGUUUGACGAGGUGCUGGUCGGUCAGGGCGCGAGGCGAAUUCGUGAACUGUUUGACAAGGCUAAGGAUCGUGCUCCCUGCAUCAUCUUUAUUGACGAGAUUGACUCGGUGGGCUCCAAGCGCGUGUCCAACUCGAUGCACCCAUAUGCAAACCAGACGAUCAACCAGUUGUUGAGUGAAAUGGACGGCUUUGUGCAGAAUACGGGCAUUAUUGUGAUUGCAGCGACGAAUAGGGUUGAAGACUUGGACAAGGCUUUGCUCCGUCCCGGUCGCUUUGAUGUUCGUGUCACCGUUUCGAAACCGGACCUGCAGGGAAGGAGGGACAUUUUCGAGCACUACCUCGACCGAAUUGUCCACGCUGACAACAUCCAAGUACAAGCCCUCGCAAAGGGAACCACCGGCUUCACUGGCGCAGACAUCGAGAACAUGGUCAACCAAGCAGCACUGAAAGCCGCCACCGAGGGAUGUGUGGAAGUGACAAUGCCCCAUCUCGACGAAGCGCGGGACCGGGUCUUGAUGGGGCCAGCCCGUCUCGCCGGCAGGAUCCCGGACGAAGAGGCAAACAAGAAUACAGCCUAUCACGAGGCCGGGCAUACGCUCGUCGGCAUGAUGACUAAGGAUUCAACGCCGUUACAUAAGGUGACCAUCAUCCCCCGUGGCUCAUCCAUGGGGCACACUGCCUUACUCCCCGAGAAGGACAGCUACCAGAUGACGAAGGCCCAACUCUACGCGCAACUCGAUAUGAUGAUGGGAGGUCGCGUCGCGGAAGAGUUGAUCUUUGGCACGGAUAAGGUCUCAACCGGCGCCGCCGACGACUUGAAGAAGGCCACCAACCUAGCCACCCAGAUGGUGAAACACUACGGAUUUUCGGAUAAGGUUGGAUUGCGGGAUUUUUCAACGGACGAGGACAGCAAGUCGUUGAUCAAGAUGAACGAGCUCAGCCCCCAGACCUCGCUGCUAAUCGAUCAGGAAAUUGAUCGUCUCCUGAAUGAGAGUUUUGCUCGAGCAAAGGAGAUUCUCGUCAAACACAAGAAAGAACACAAGGCCCUGGCAGAGGCGUUGCUGGAGUACGAGACAUUAUCUGCAGAAGAGGUUCGAGAAAUCGUUGCCGGCAAGAAGCUGAAACGGCCUACCCCCGCCGUCGUCAAGCGCAGCAAUGAAGCCUGGAAGGCGCUGAGGAAGCCGUCGAAGCACCAGCCACUCGUUGUCAAGGUUCACCCGCUUCCCAAAAAGCAC